AUGUAUGAUGAAGCAAGAUGCCAUAAAGAAGAGCAACUAUCGAUAUGUAUUAGAUACACAGUUGAGUUAAAUAUUCAUGAACAGUUUUUAGUGUUUGUUGAUGUGUCUAGUGGUCAAAAGGCAGACCAGAUUGUAACAACCAUAUUUGAAUUUUUUAAAAAACAAAAAAAUAGUCUGCAACAUUUAAAUAUUGUAGCACAGUCAUAUGACGGUGCCAGUGUAAUGUCUGGUCACUUAAAUGGUGUACAAACUAAAAUAAAAGACCACCAUCCAACUGCCGUUUACAUACAUUGUAUGGCACACCGUUUAAAUUUAGUUGUUGUGGAUGUAUGUACAUCAAUUAAGGUAUAA